CUCUCAUCUGUUUCCCUCUGAUCAGCUUCUUAAGAGCUGGAGAGAGACGUGGAACCAACCAGGCUGCACUUUUUUAACCCAGUCGUUUCCUCUCUUCGCUCUCUGCUUUGAUGUCUCUGGGCCAUGGUGCGUAAGAAAGGCUCCCUGAUUUUAUGCGGAGCGAUCCUCUUCGUCGCCUGGAACGCCCUGCUGCUGCUCUUCCUCUGGGGGAGGCCGCCGAUAGGUCGACUCGGAGAGGGAGGCGGGGCUGAACCUGGUACCGAGGAAGAAUGGAGAGCCGGAAAAGCCAAAAAAGGCGCCGGCGGUGCCGGGCUGGCCGACGAGGUGAUCCGACUGGCCGAGGAAGUGGAGUCGGAACUGGAGACGCAAAAGAAACUGUUGAAGCAGAUCCAGAGUCACAGGUCGCUGUGGCAGCAGAAGAAGGACGACGGAGGGAAAGUGAUGCAGGACGCCGGGUUUAAGAACGCCGGGCGAAAAGAAGCGCAGCACCCGCCCCGGACCCCCACCUCAGACCUCAACAAAGCCUCCAAAAGUUUGGAGUUUCCCGUAAUUACAAGAUCUCCACCGGACAACAAGCAGAACCAGGAAUCGCACGUGGAACCGUUCGUGGAGAACACGGUGGAACUUCCUGCACCCGGUUCUCAAACCGUAAUCCCCAUCCUGGUCAUCGCUUGUGACCGGGUCACGGUGAAACGCAGUCUGGACAAGCUGAUUCAGUACCGUCCGUCCGUGGAGCUCUAUCCCAUCAUCGUGAGCCAGGACUGCGGCCACGCCGACACCGCCCGGGUCAUCGGCUCUUACGGAAGUCAGGUGACGCAUAUCAGCCAACCGGAUCUCUCCAACAUCCCGGUGCGCCCCGAUCACAGGAAGUUCCAGGGCUACUACAAGAUCGCCCGACACUACCGCUGGGCGCUGAACCAGGUCUUCAACUCGUUUGGGUAUUCCACUGUGGUCAUCGUAGAGGACGACCUGGAGGUGGCGCCAGACUUUUUCGAGUAUUUCCGCGCCCUGCACCCGAUCCUGCUCUCCGACCCGACCCUGUGGUGCAUCUCGGCCUGGAACGACAACGGCCGGGACGGGCUGGUGGACCCGGGGAAGCCCGAGCUCCUCUACAGGACCGAUUUCUUCCCGGGUCUGGGAUGGAUGCUGCUGAAGGAGAUGUGGGCGGAACUGGAACCCAAGUGGCCCAAAGCGUUCUGGGACGACUGGAUGCGUCACCCCGAGCAGAGAAAGGAGCGCUCCUGCGUCCGUCCGGAGAUCUCCAGAACCAUGACGUUCGGGCGGAGGGGGGUCAGCCUGGGUCAGUUUUUCGACCAGUACCUGCGCUACAUCAAGCUCAACACUGAAUUCGUGCCUUUUACCAAACACAACUUAUCACAUCUGGUCAGGGAGCGCUACGACGAACACUUUGAGAAAGAAGUCUACAGCGCCCCCUUGGUGAAAGUAGAGGAGGUGCAGCAGAGGGGCGGUUUGAAGGGCGAGGGGCCGUUCAGGGUGCAGUACUCCAGCAGGGAGAGCUUUAAAGUGCUGGCGCGGAACUUAGGAGUCAUGGACGACUUGAAGUCGGGGGUUCCGCGCGCCGGUUACAGGGGCGUGGUCAGCUUCCUGUAUCGCGGCAGAAGGAUUUUUCUGGCGCCCCCCGAAGGCUGGAUAAAAUACGACACCAGUUGGAGCUGAGGUGCUCAGCAGCGGUAGCAGAAGAGAGGAGUAACGGCAACCGUGCAGGAGGAGACGAAGCUCCUCUCAAACCAAAGAAAUAAGGCGGCAUGGUCGAGAUGAAGAGAAGUUUUAAGGUGGAAUUUUACGACUUAACCGGAUGAAGGACGGAAAAUCCUCGUACUGGGAACACAACGAAAGUCGAUACCUCACGCACAGGCAGCAGUCGUGUUCCGACAAGAGGAGGAGAAGGAGCAAAUUUCGUUUUGGCUGCUGAAUUGACAAGUAUUAGCUUUUCUGCUAUUCCCGGUGUCGGUGAAGAGUUCACGUGAUGUUAUAACUGGUAAAAACGUCAUGGAUGCUUUCACAGGGACAUCCGUCAGAUAAAAUGUAGGGGUCUGUAGGUCAGGUGGUUUUAAUAGGGUGGCACAGCUGGUAAGGGGAGGUAGGUAGGUUGCUGACGACCUGGCUGGGCCUGGGGGAGCGAGGUCUCUCCGAUGGUGGGCGCCCUCAGCUCUACUGAAUUUUAAUGUAUGACAGUAGAAUUAUUAUUUAUAUUAUCAAAGGUGUGAUUUUUAUGUUACAUUAAUUCAAAUCAACGUCAAGUGUUUUUAAAGGGAGUAAAAAAUGUCCUCGCGUGGGCCGCUCAGGUGGCGCAGCGGUAAAAACACACGCUGGAACCGGAGCUGGGAUCUCAAAUACAUCGUAUCGAAUCUCAGCUCUGCCUGCCGGCUAAGGCCGAGCGGCCACAUGAACGACGAUUGGCCUGUUGUUCAGAUAUGGGCGGGACUAAGCCGGAUGGGGUCUGUCUCUCAUGACUGGUGCAAUUACGACCUCUGCUGGCUGAUUGGUGGUGUCUGCACAGAGAUGAGAAAAGAGUGUGUCAGGGUGUGUCUCUCCGUUCACAACGCUGAGCCGCACUGCACUCGUCAAAGUGUAGGUGAUGAGAUGCAUACGGCUGCUGCCCACGUGUCGGAGGGGGCGUUGGUUAGCUUCGUUCUCCUCAAUCAGAGCGGGGAUCGGCAUCGGUGGAGAGGAAGCAUGACGCAAUCGAGCAAUUGGACGCGCUAAAAAGGGAGAAAAAAAAAUGUCCCUGUGAAAGCAGCCAAGGAACCAGAACCAGAAUCACGUCAGAUCGGCUACAGGAACGACGCCGAGCUCUUAAAGAGGUUAAGAGAAGGUUUCCACGAUUUAAUCUUCUGAUAGUGCACUACGUGAGCGAGGUUCGGUUCUGAGCCUCCAUUUCAGAAGCACCAAAACUCUCGUGAUCUUUGGUUAACGUACUUGAAACAGACUCGGUUCUCUCUGCUUAGAAGAAUGUUGGGUUUGUCGCAGAACCACUGAGGCCAGACUCGCUCCACAUGUCGUUCUGAAUGCACAUGUAGGAUAGACGGAGUUUAAAUGUGGUGUGUUUGUGGGCGUCUGUGAGAGAGUUUGACACGUUUUAAUGUCUGUCUGAGUAAAAUAUAAAACCACUGCCUGAUGUGUUCUUUAUAAAUUUAAUACACUGAAAAUAAAUCACUAUUUUGAUAA